GGAGAAACAAGGAAAUAUGGAUGUUCACUUUGCUGCACAACAAAUAACUCCUCAACAGUUUGAUACUAAUAAUUGGAUUAAUCCAUACAGUUCAAGUAUCCAGGGGAGUAUGUAUCAAAACUGGAUGGACCAAGGACAGAGAGUAGCAAACAGUUCUAGCCAUUACACAUAUACCCCUUCCUUUGCAAGUUCUUCACAGAGUGGGAAUAUACCAUUUUAUCAGAAUCAAAACUCAUCGCCUUAUAUCCCAUUGCAGAGCUAUCAACAAAACACCAUGGUAGAUGUCCAACAGAAUCCACCACAAACAUUUGGACAGUCACAGGCACAAUUGACUUUUGGUGAAAGUACUAACAGCUCUCUCAUGAACUUCUGGAAAAAUAUUUGUGCUUCUACAAGGCCUGUCUCGAGUCCACUAGCAACUACGGGUACACACUUGAACAAUCCCUCUGAAUCAGGGUUGGAGUAUGCCCAUUCAAAUUCGAAUAGAAACUUGAGCAAUAACAACAACAUCAUUCAACAAAAUGAACAUUCUUUAUUUCAAAGUGAUGCAAUAACUCCUAAUAUUCAUGGAUUUAACUAUCCUAGGGAGGAGAAUACAAUGGGAAGCAAUGAAUACUUUGCUGACACAACAUAUGAGAAUGAUGCAUGGGAUGUUUUCCUUAAUGAAGCUCUUAAUGGAGAAGACUUUUGAAAUUUAGAUUGAUCAAUUAAUGACAAAGAAAAACUUUUUAAAUGUAGUUCCUUUAU